UCUCCAUCCAUUACUAAAAGGAAAGUUAUGAUUGUUAUUUUUGUGUUACAAAUUCUAAUUUUUAUUCAUUAUACUGAUUUAUUUACUGAUUUUGGUUUGUGACUGCCUUCUGAAUGUUCCGAUGAUUCGAAAAUCCAGCAACUGUUUCAUGAUUAUCAUUUGUUGAAGAUGUUCUGAAGUGUGUCAUAUGAGUGCGCGUUGCUUCCUGAUCUCUCUAUUCACAAAAUGCAUAAAUCAGCAUUAAUUCGUUGAUGAUGAAAGUCGACUAACUUCUGCACCCGCUUUUUUAUAUAUUUUAAGGUCAUUUUAACUUGACAAACACAGGAAGGUAUAUUUAAAAUGAAAAAUUGUUAUAGACAGCUGUGGCUCUCUCUGCUUCUCUGAUGUCCUGAUUUUCUGUUGUCAAUUCCUUUGCAUCCACCAUGCAAUAUAAGACUGUAAGUUUUUUGUAUGUCAAUUCUUUAUCUGAAGGGAGCCUCUUCAUUCUGAAGACAGUUUAGCUCUGAAAGAAUCUGCUGACAGUCCUAUCCUCGUGCCAUGGCCAGGAAGCGUCAAAGUACUUCUAGUGCUACACCAGGGAGACAGUUGAGAAGUAGUCUUCCUAAGACAAUAGACGGGCAAAAUAAGAAAAUUGUCGACAAGAAGUCAAAAAAUCUUGAUGAUUCUUUGGAUGUAUCAAGAAAUGAUUCUGUAAUAAGUCGAGACAAGAGCCUACAUUCACCAUCCAAGGUGGAGGGAGGUAGAUCAAAUUUGGGACAACGAAGGGCUUCCAAGCAGAAAUCCAGCAGCCCCAAUGUGUCGAAAAAUACUGAUGAAUCCAUGCAAAGUAUUUGCAGCCCUGCUGCGCGCAAGGAAACAAUGUCUGGAUCCAGUGAGAAGCGAAUUCUGAAUGGAAACCUCGAGAACAGCUCUGUAGGAGAUCCAAGUAAUGGAGGAAAUCAGAAAAUUACAAGCGGAGAACCAGCAGUUUCCAAAAAAUCGAGUAAUAUACGGAAGUCUGCUCGCAAAGGAAACUCCAACUCCACUCCUAAGGAGGAAGAAGUCGAGUCAAAAUCGGGGAGACGAAGAGCUCCGAAGCGGAAAUCUAGAAGCUCAUCUGAGUCUAACAGUUUUGAAGAAUCAGAUCUCAUUAUCAAUGAGUCUGGUGUACAAAAUCAAGACACUAGUAAUUUAGAAAAUCAGAAAAUUAUCAAUGAAGAGCCAGAAAUUUCUGAAAAUUUGAGUACAACAUCACGGGGAAGAGCUGCUGAUAAUGAAAACUCAGACCUCAUCUCUAGUUUUAAAGAACAAGAAGUUGAAUCCGAAUCGCGGAGACGCAGAGCCCCAAAACGAAAAUCUAGAAGCUUAUCUAAAUCGAACAGUUCGGAAGAACGGAAUCGUGUUAAUGAGUCAGAAAUACCGAAAGUAGUUGCGGCUGAGGCAAAUGAAGAGCUUGAGCAAACUGGAAGUGUUGAAAGUAAUUCAAAGUUGGAUACCAGUGAUUUGGAAAAUCAGGGAAUUGCAAAUAAAGAACCAGCAGUUUCUAAAGAGCCACGUAAAAUAUUGAAAAAUAAGAAUGCUCCAAUUGUAGACUCAGGCUCAAACUCAACACCGAAGCAGGGUAAAAUCAGAUCAAGAUUAGGUAAACGCAAAGCUCUGAAGCAAAAUUCUGGCAGUCCAUCUGACGCAAAGAAUACAGAAGGAGCCAAUCAGAUGAGCGACAGUCCGAAAGCCCUUAAAGAAGCUGUCAUUUUAGCAAAUGAGGAGCCAGUGCACAAUGAAGAUCCUGAAGAGGACUGCGGUGAAGAUAUUCAAAACAUGCAAGAUAUCCAACCAGGUCCCAGCCAGCUGCCUGAAGAGUCCAGUAAAGCAACGCAGAAGGGAGCCAAGUCAGGAAAGCGCAAGCCUAACAGUAAGAAAAGUCCCAAUCCAAAACGCAAGAAGAAGCUCAAAAAAUGUAAAAAUUAUGAUUUCCUAGCUGAACUUUUGGAAUUUGAAGAUAUCCCACUGAGUGUGAAAGUAAUUUUGCAAAAGGAUGAUGCUCUGGAAGUUCUAAGUGGGGAAGAAAUCGACACUAUUUUUGAGAAUCUCUCAGAAACCGUCAAAGCUGCUGCCGAACUCAUCUUGGAGAACCUGAAAAAUGAAGUUGCUCUGAAGUGGUUGAAAGCAGUUUCUCAGUUAGCUGUGUGCAUCAUUGAGAAUCUACCAGCUGAUGAGCCAAUCAAAGAGUCUAUCUCUCAUGUAGCGACUUUGCUCGGCCUUCUUCUGAAGUUGGAUUUGGAUUCAGAUCUUAAACAAAGCAUUGCAGAAGUCUGCUCUCUGUUGUUGGUUAAAAAUUGCGAGUUUUCCGAUCAAGUAUUUUUCUUAACAAUGAAUUGUGUGAUAGACCUCAUUCUGAAGUUGCCAGCAAAAUCACAAUGCCGUAAAAAAUUUGUCAAAAUACUGCACUCUCUUGAGCGAGUGAUAGCAAGGCUGCAGAUAACAAGCAAAGCGUGCGAGCCUCUCGUGGGUAAAUUCAUCAACAUCACUCAGUGCAAGGAUAUCAUGACAAUUAAAGAAGCAAAAGCUUUCGUGUCGUUUUUACUCACCAUGGACCUAACAUUGCUUCCGAGAUUUCACCAAGCUAUCAAAGAUGUAUUGGCGGUCCCUCAAACAAAGAGAGCUCAUGCCGAUGGCUACGGUGAAGCGUAUUACCUCGCUUGGUUGCAUUCUGCUGAAAACAAAGAAGUCAGAAAAGCGGUUGAAAACAAAUGCUUUCAAAAUUAUAUGAUGGCAAUAUUUACUAUCCAGCGCAGUGGACUUGAGAUGUCGAAUUUAGGUCACAAUGUCUUCACAAUACUGUCGUUCCUGCACAACAAACGAGAGCACUUAAGGCUCAGCAAAGCGAUCACCACCCUUUAUACGCCUCUGCUGUGGAGAUAUUUACAUUUCGAAAAUAAUCUGAUUCGCUGUAACGCUGCAGAAAUAUUUUUCGAUGUAUAUCCGUUGGAAUAUCAUGGAGAAGCUAAACCUGACCGUAUAAUGCAUCUUGAUCGACAACAUCAGGAAAUGGCAGACUUGCUGGUUGAUGAUAGCCAUCUUGUGAGAGUGCUAGCUGUCAGGGGAGUGUUUGCUUGUAUGAAGUCAAAUUGGAAUACAUUUUCUCCAGAAUCGCUGCAAAAGCUUUUCCAAAUUAUAAUCAAUGACUGCACCAAUGAUGGCUCAUCAAGUGAUGUGCGUUGCGCUGUUUACCGAGGCUUCUCCAGUUUAAUUGACAACGAGCAGUGCCAUGAGUAUCUCACAUCACUUCUAAAAAAUUUGGGAAAUUACUUGGGUGACGAAUGCGAUAAAGUGCGUCUUUCUUUCAUUCGCAUGCUACAAAAAGUGAAGGAGGCUGAUCUGGAAGACUUGCAAUACUGGAAAAUUUCUGAUAUCAAGCUCAUCUCAAUGCGACUUGGGAAAGAGGAAAAUGAAUCAGUCGCAAAGGCUUUGACCGAGUUGCUUUUUAGCAAUAUUUUCUCCAAGAACCAUGACGAUAAAGUCACGUUGAAGAGACUUAUAAAAUUGGUACAGUUGAAUCCAGCUGCUGGUCGGAAAUUGAUUCAAUAUUCGUCAAAAUUACUUCAUUACGAAGAAGCGUAUCGGAUAAUGAUGGUGAUUUUAUCAACCGUACGUGCUCAUAUCAUGGAUAAAAUGGCAAGAAUGCGUGCUCGGGAAGCAAGAGAGGAGGCUGCAGCAGAAAAAGAUGAUAUUCCUGACGAGUUGAAACCAAAGCUCAAGAAACGACGGAAACAUUACCGACCACUAUCAGAAAAGACAGAUAACGUUGAUGAUGACAGUUGUCAGGACACCUCCAAAUCCUCUUCCGGAGACAGCAGUGACUCCAAUACAUCAAAGAUAAAUGACUCUGUCUCAGCGUCGAAAGCAGAGGAAAGCGUAGCAAGCAGUGUUGAAAAGCUCACUCCUUUCGAUGAGUUACCUGUCAGUCAUGCAUUGUUUGAUAUCGUUUCUUUGUUAUGGAUCAUUCAUGCUGGCACUUUGAAUUCCAGAGACCAUGAGAAAGAUCUGGAGGAUCUUUAUGAGCUUUCGGUUUCCAUGAUUCCUAUCAUGUUGAAAUAUUUUAAGGGGACCGAGACAUUCUUUGGCGUUCUCCAGUUGGCAAGCUUGAUUCCCCUCUCAAAAAUAUUAGGAGUGUGCCAUAUCGCCAGCGCAUGCGUCUCACAACUGAGGCAUUGCGGUCAUGUGAUGCAGUAUCAGGAAUGCCGGUGCAUCGUCAGCACACUUUGCUCGUGGAAUCGAGGCCUAGAUAUCAUUGAGCUGGUUUAUGAUUGGCUCAACGACUCUUUCAAAGCGGAAAACUUGAAUUUCUCCGUUUUACCUACCCAUCGGGAUAGAACCACCACAAGGAAGAAGAAGAUCAGGUUUGAAACCAAAGACGCAAAGCCAAUAUGUGGUCUCAAACUGAUAGAUAUGAUUUUCAGUAACCCAGUUGACAAAAAGAGAGUUCUAACCAAACACUAUGAUCAGUUCUUCGAGCUUUUCAAUUACUUGGAAAGAAUCAAGACUUUGAUUGAAAAAAGGAUAGAGAAUGAAGAAGAGUUCGCAUCUGAAUUACUAUCGGAUGAAUUUCUGAACCAGUGUCUCUACACUUACUUGAAACUGGCCAUCAUGUUACAUAAAGACCCGGAGGGAGAACUCUCGGCAACUUCUGCCGCAGAAGCUUUCAAUGCCACCGAAUUUUACUCUGGUCUGUUACAAUGGUGUGAAAGGACCCUCGUUGAAAAUCUGGAGACGCAGCCGGAGCCUAUCAUAUGUUCUUUCAUCAAUAUUAUCAUUCAAGCUGGUAGGACGUUGCUGGCGCUUGAGCAAGCUGAUAGACUUGUCUUGGCAGAAAUGCUGAAAGUGCUCAGUAGAUGUCUUAAUUGUGGCAAGAAUGGUUUGCUUGUUUUGGAGAGCUCUGUCAAUAUGUUAAGCCAAGCCAUGAGCAUGUUUCCGAGUUAUUACUCUGCCAAGCGUCUAAAUAAUGUCUAUAAGACCAUUGUUCCUCACUUCCUGGAAUGUAUUCUGACUGCUGCAACCUUCAAAAACUACGAUCAUGAUAGGAUCUUGGAGUGUGUCAAGGAUAUUAUUGGUAUGAAGAAAUGUCUGAGAGAAGUGUUCUUGAAUUAUGCUGAAGUCCAUGCCAAAGACAAAACGAACAGCAUAUUACCUCGCAUCAUCAAUAUAGUUGCUAAAGCUGUGGUUCAAAGUUUCAUGAUUGAAGUUCUCAAGAAUAAUGUCGCUGUGCAAUUUGUCAAACUGAACAACUUGCCAUUUUUCACAAAUUUCUUGUUGACUCUCAUCAAUUCUCGGCCUGUUUUCUGCUCAUUAUUCCUCACGUGUCUUAACAGGAAUGUCACUGAACUUUAUGCCCACAAUGGUGCCCAAAUCCUCGCAACCAUUAGUUUGCUAUUUACGCUAGCAAUGAACAAAUUCAAAUUCAAGGAGGCUGAAUUCAAAGCAACGGUGAAGCUGACGAAUGACGUAAUGAUGAAAUACCGUACAUCUCGUGAUGACUCUAACUUGAACGAUUCAGCUUGUCUUAUCGAUCAAGAACAUAAUCUUGAUGAACUGGAUGUUCAAAAUCAAGGAGCUCAGCUGAUGCAAAAGAUCUCUGAAAAAAUUGAACUCUUCACGUGAAGAAAAUUCUUAGAAUGAGAAAAGUUUCUUUGCAAUCAUCCUGAUCUCAUUCAGCCUUGUGGUCAAUCCUCAGCCAAAGUACCUCAGCUAAUCCUUUCAUAACGUAACAAUCGUAAUUCUGGUGAUUUUUUUACGUCAAAGAUAACUUAAUUCAUUUUUGCCGUCUUACUGAUAGACUUUCAAGAUUUUUACCUUUUAUUUGUUUAUCUUAGAAAUUCUUCAAGAACAGAGAAUUCUUAAAGAAUGGAACACCUAUUUCCUAAGCAAAUUUUUUAUUAUUUUAGUUUUUUCAUGUCACCAAACAAAAAUGAACAAGGUCCCAACAUUUUAGCUAGCUUUAAAGCGAGAAUACUGGAAUUCCUGAAUCAUUUCUCUCGUUUAUGUCGAACAUGAUGGGAGUAAAGAUUUAAAUCAUAGUAAAUUGCACCAAAGAAUUUUCGGGGUCUCUAAGGUAUUGACAGCAGUUCGUGCUGCAUUAAAAAGUGCAUGAUGUUGACAUUUUUUCAAGGCCUUGAAAGAGCUUAAUUUUUUGGAAAGUACUUGAAAAAUGCUGGAAUGAUGUUUUACUGAUUAUCAACCAUGAACGCUCAUCUUCAAGGAAUAACAAAUCAUUUGAUGUUAGGUAGAUCGUUCGGAGAGACAUCUUAUUCAUGUAGGGAGUGCAAUCUGCUUACAUUAAGAACUUAAAAUACCAACUCAAAAUCACAACACAGGGGAAAAAACGUGUUUUUAGAGAGAGAGAGAGAGAUAAAUGUGCUUAACUUUUUAUUCUUGAGCAUGGAUGAGCCAUGUCUACAAGACAUCUCCCUCUACAAAACAUAUUUAAUAAGAUACCUAAGAUUAUUUAAUAUCAGACAGAAAGUAAAGUACAAAGUAUACAUUAUUCAUAUCCUUAACAUUAUUCAUUAAAAUUUGUGGCUGAAAAUUGACUUUUCAUAAGAAACUUGUCACAAGAGAUUUUUAUUUUUUUUUUUUCGAGAAUGGUUCAAAUAAAAAUGGUAUUUUUCUGUUAUCAAAGUUGUAAGCUCAGUACUCUAGGGCUACAAAAGGAGUUUUGUAUUCUAAGUUCAAAAAUGCAGGUCUUGAAAGUUAUUUUUUAAACUGUGCAAGCUCAAUACAGCUCAUUUUAGAAAUAGUGCUUGUAACUUGAUCACACUUGCGAAGUGAAAAUCUGUACAGUUCUUGUUAAGUAGACUUUAAGCCUGAUAUAAGUUCAUUUGUAAUAUUUUUAUAAUUGUACAGGUAAUUUCUCUUCUCCGUCUUUCAAUUUGUUUUCAUCUUAAUACACUUUUAUUUUUUCAAUUGUGUAAACUCUUAAGAAGAAUAUAUAUUUUUGUAAAUAAACUGUCCGCAGCAUUUAUGUAAUACUCAGAUAA